AAUAGCAGUGCGUCUGCUCAAGCAUAUAACUAAGUUAUAUGACUUAGAAUGGCAUCUCCGAGACGGGAAGAUCUUGGCCGAAGAUCGAGGAGCUGUCAUCAUCUCAAAUCAUCAGAGCUCUCUCGAUAUAUUAGGAAUGUUCAAUAUAUGGGACGUCGUCGAUAAGUUAGCGGCGAUUGCCAAGAAAGAAUUGUUCUACAUUUGGCCGUUUGGCCUGUCAGCCUACCUCGCUGGAGUCGUGUUCAUUGACCGCAGUAAUGCGAAAGGAGCUUACAGACAACUCAAAGUGACCUCCGAAGUCAUGGUAAAAAAUAAGACGAAGAUUUGGUUGUUCCCUGAAGGAACAAGGAACAAAGAUUACACGAAACUACAGCCUUUCAAAAAGGGUGCGUUCAACAUCGCAGUGGCAGCACAAGUCCCCAUCAUCCCCGUUGUGUUCUCACCCUAUUACUUCAUUAAUAAGGAGAAAUACAUUUUCAAUAAAGGUCACGUGAUAAUCCAAUGCCUAGAACCAGUGCCGACAACUGGUCUAACAAUGGAUGACGUUCCAGACCUCAUCAACAGAGUCCACGAGAAAAUGACGAUAGCAUAUAAAGAACUAUCUAAGGAGGUCGUCAGUGCACUACCAGCUGACUACCCCUUCACUCUACUAGGAUAGAUACCACGACUGUUUAUUAUUAGUAUUAGUUUUAAAUAUACGCUAUUAAUUACGAUAAAUAAAUUUAUUAUUUUUAUUAUA